UCCUACUCAUCCUUUUAGCUGUCAGCUGAUUGUCGAGUUGGAAGAAAAAGAAAACACAGCCAUGGCGGCAGAGAUUCAUUCGAGGCCUCAAAGCUCAAGACCCGUUCUUCUAAAUAAGAUCGAAGGACAUUCUGACGCGGUCAAUGCUGCAGUUUUGAUACCGAAAGAGGACGGAGUGAUCACAGUUAGCGAGGACAGAACUAUCCGGGUAUGGCUGAAGAGAGACAGUGGACAGUACUGGCCCAGCAUCUACCACACGGUCUCCUCGCCGUGCUCCUGUAUGUCGUACCACCACGAUAGCAGGCGUAUCUUCAUAGGGCAGGACAAUGGGGCCAUUGUGGAAUUCCUUCUGUCUGAAGAUUUCAACAAGAUGAACCAUGUGAAGACGUAUCCUGCCCAUCAGAACCGUGUGUCAGACAUGGUGUUUUCUCUGGAGAGCGAGUGGGUGGUGAGCACCGGACACGACAAGAGUGUGAGCUGGAUGUGCACCCAGAGAGGCAGUAUGCUGGGGCGCCACUACUUCGCCUCCUGGGCCUCCUGUCUACAGUAUGACAAUGACACCCAGCAUGUCUUUAUAGGGGACCACUCAGGACAGAUCACCCUGCUGAAACUGGAGAGACAGACCUACUCCACUGUGACCACACUGAAGGGCCACGAAGGUAGUAUUGGAGCUCUGUGGUGGGAUCCUGUUCAGAGGCUUUUGUUCUCAGGAGCGUCGGACCACAGUGUCAUCAUGUGGGACAUCGGGGGCCGCAAGGGACGAACACUACUGCUCCAGGGCCACCAUGAACGAGUGCAGGCGGUGCGCUACCUGCAGCUGACCAGACAGCUGGUGUCCUGUUCUGCAGAUGGAGGUGUCACAGUGUGGAACAUGGACACUCCCAGAGAAGAGGCUCCUCAGUGGUUGGACAGUGACUCGUGUCAGAAGUGUGAGCAGCCUUUCUUCUGGAAUGUCAAACAGAUGUGGGACUCAAAGACGAUUGGUCUUCGGCAGCACCACUGCAGGAAGUGUGGCAAGGCGGUGUGUGGGAAGUGUAGUGCCAAGCGCACUACAUACCCUGUGAUGGGCUUUGAGUUCCAGGUGCGCGUGUGUGACACCUGCUACGACACCGUCAAGGACGAGGAUCGCACUGCGUUAGCAACGUUCCAUGAGGGGAAGCACAACAUAGCCUUUAUGGACAUGGACCCUUCCAGAGGCCUGAUGGUGACCUGUGGCAGCGACCGUGUCAUCAAGAUAUGGGACAUGACGCAAGUGGUUGGCUGUAGCAUAGCAACAGGCUUUUCCCCACGUUGAUUAAUCCCUGCCCCCGAUCGGCCCCCAAACUCUGUCCUCUGCACUACUGACAGGUGUCUCUGUCCUUGGGACCUCUGUUGCAAUGACAACUCCUCUGUCUCAUCCUUCUGGCUCCUCUUCUCUGUCUGGCUGCUUCUGUUCUCUCACGUCCCACUGAAAGUUUGGAUGAAGAUACGUGUGCGCUGUGGAAAUGGGUGGGUACUGGUGUUGGUAACCCUUCGCUUGAUUUGGUGUCAGUUUUGUACAACAGAAGUCUCAAAUGUGUCUCAGGUCUAACUUCCAGUGUGUACCCAUUCAGUGGAGCUCCAAGCACAAUGUUCUAGUGUGUGUGUGCACAUGCGUGGAAGGAGCAGUGUUGGUGUUUUGUGUUGAUGUAUGUUAGACUUCUGUCAGGUCUCAGUGGGUCACAUUCCUCUUGCACUGUAACAUUGGACUGCUAAAACCCAUCAUCCACAAUGCCCUGCCCAACAGACACACAAGGCUCUCCUAUUGGCUGGUGACUUCAACUUUCUACAUAUGAAAUAUUGCAAAUACUAACCAUUACGACACUGCUUUUAUAUAUGUAUAUGCAUAGUGUGUACAGUAUGAGAUGCAGUGUACUUACCUCUGUAUAUCCCUCAAUGAUCAUGAGGUCAGCUUCUCUCUUUCUCGCUAGUCCUUCUCUUUCCCCCUCUUGUUUUCUCUUCACUAGUUGGCCUUAAACUCACUUGUUUGUCUCGGAGGAGAUGGAAGAGUCAUUAGCCGGCAUGGCUGUACGUGCCCGAUUGACGCUCGAGCCGUCGGCAUGACAACCCUUGCCGAGCCGUAGGCACAGCUGUUCUCCGCCAGACAUUGUCCAACUUCACCUCAGACACACCUAAAACAUCUUUUGUCAAUUUUCUGUACAGAUAUCACUUCAGGUCCUGAUAACCAAGACCCCAUACUCUAUUGCCUUUGCGAUAAUUUAAGAUGAAUUUGCGUAUAAUGAAAAACGGUGUAAGGUUUUGAACAAGAGGUUUUUGUUCUGCUUUUGCUCUAUUUAGACAGGCACUUAGGUACUGAAAUGGUACUGUAGCACUAGUUCCAGUGCACACUGAUGUUUUACACUGUUUCUUCUCACUGUGAGUUUGUGGGUAAAAUUAGAAGCUGCUUGCGUUUCCUCUAAGACCUUAAGAGAGCGGGACGCCCCAAGUGUUCUAGAACCUUCCUCUGAGGCCUUAAGAGAGCGGGACACCCCAAGUGUUCUAGAACCUUCCUCUAAGGCCUUAAGAAAGCGGGACGCCCCAAGUGUUCUAGAACCUUCAAACUGUUCACGACUCUUCUCACACGUACGCACAUACACACUCUCCUCUGUAGCAUAGCUGCAUUUUUCACUUAACCAUCACCCAUGAAUACUUUCAACACUAUCGACUUGCUUGUAGUUUCUCUGUCACUCUCCCGCUCUGUUUUGUUUCCAGAGCCUAAGAAGGUUCUCCACUGCACUGAAAUGCACUAAAUGUAGUUUAGAGAGCAGAUGUGCUGUGCAUAAAAAAAAAAUAAAAAAAAUGUUUUUGUAAGUUUGCAUUUCGGGGGAUUUGUUUCAUUACGGCUCGAGUUACGUGGCGUCCUUAAACUGGUAAAUAUUUGGCUAAUUUGUGGUAGGUUAGACUAACGCUUGCCUUAAGGUAAAACUGAACAUGACAUGGGAGUUCCAAUUUUUUUUCAAUUGUAAUCCCAUUCCAGGUUUGAUCACCUAGUGUAUAAUAUUUAUAUUUGUAGCAAUGUGUUUCUGGUUGUUUAAGUCAUGUACACUUCAUGUAUAGGAUGAUGGUGGUGAGUUCACACAGACAGGAUGAUGUCACUGAGAAAUCUGUCACAGAUAUGCUUACUAUGUCAUGUCAGAAACAUGACAGCUUUGGGAGAUAUGUUUAUGUCACAGGUGUUGACAUAAAGACAUUUUGUGACAUCACAGAGAUACGGGGUGUCGAUGUCAGAGGGACAUUGUGAGGUCAUAGAAGCGGCAGGUAUCCUAGCGGUUAAGAGCGUUGUGCCAGUAACUGAAAGGUCGCUGGUUCAAAUCCCUGAGUCGAUUAGGUGAAAAUUGUUUGCCGUUCCUUUUAGCAAGGAGCUUCACCCUAGUUGCUCUGGAUAAGAGCGUCUGCUAAAGGACUCAAAUGUCAAGUACAGUCAUCAGGGAUGUGCAGUGUUCUUGGGGACACUUAUACUACAGUACAAUCAAGGCUCAAGUUCAGCUUUUAUUUAUUGUGUUAGAUCAAAAUAAAUCUCUGGUGCUCUGUAAACAUGACCCUAACCUUAACCCUCUGCGUUAUAGAAGAUGCUGGAGUUAUAGAGGAGACUUGGGACAGUUAACUGGAGUCCCAGUGAUUUCUGCUCCCAACUAGAUGAAUUCCAUUAUGAGGAGUAACUAAGAGCCAGUAACAUUUAGAAGCUAACAUUUGUGAUUCCCUCCAUAUAUUGUUCCCACCACAUUUGUGAUCAAUACUAUUCUCUAGGUAUGUUGGUUUGUAAUGAAGUAUGUCUGUUUGAUGGGUCAAUCCCAUGAAGAAGAAUUUAUUUACUUUUUACAUGAUUAGAUUAGUUGUUUUCAUCAUAUGGUGGUCAUACAUGUAAUUUGACUAAACCCCAUCCACAUUUUCACACGGGUAUAAAAUUGUAAUAUCUCAAACUGGAGCCGUAUCUAGCAGAGGAGACUACUGGGAGGAGCUAUAGGAGGACCGGCUCAUGGCGUUUAUGUAAUGGAGUCAAACGUGGUUUCCAUUUGUUUGAUGUGUUUAAAACCGUUUCAUUUAUACCAUUUCAGCCAUGACAUUGAACCUGUCCUCCUAUAGCUCCUCCCACCAGCCUCCUCUGAAUUCUACAGUUUACGUUCUCUAUUACUCUUUAACCUCUGUCAUUUUAUCAUGUCAUACUGCUUGUAAAUAAUCUUGUUUUUCCGACCAUUGUUGUAUAUCUUUAAUAAUUGUAUUUUUAAAGAGAAACUCUUGAUAAUAUUGACAGUACUGACUAGUCUCCCUGUGGCACUCUGUCACAGUGAAGAAAGAAAUGAAAUCUUAAUAAAGAAAUCCAUUCAGACCUGUUAA